CAAGAACAAUAAUUAUUGGUAUAUGUAUUUUAACAAAUGUAUAAUAAAUUGCUAUUGUUGUGCCAUUUAGACGCUUAACGGUUCACUACAAAGUACAAGGCUGACGUGGGGACUUAUCCAACAAAUAGAGACCGCUUCGAGAUUUAAUGUGUUGUGGGAUUUUAUCGGGAUUACCAGUAAUUAUUUUUACUACCAUAUGGCCAUCUACUUCCUCUAUCGGAUUAUAAAUCGGUGUGAUAUCUGCGAUUUCAGUCUCAAUGGUGGCACGUCCUUCAACUUGCUGGUAUCGGUUGCGGGUGGCUGCACCUUGUUCGUCCUCUUAUGUAAAAUCUAUCAGAUUUGAUAAGAUAUUGUCGUAAGACAAGAUAAGAAUAAUGCAAUAUAUCUCGACACAACCGGCGUAUAGCGGAUGAAAAGACGAAAAUACCGUCAGGUCGAAUUCUGAUUAGUGAUAUUUACAUUAUAUAGUGAAUAUAUUAGAUACACAGUGUGAUUCGCGAUAUUUACAUUAAAAUAAUCGCCUAAUUGACAGGUCGGAUCAUUGUAGGUGGUUUAAGCUAUCCUUAAAGAUAUUUAACAAGAGAAUUACGUUUGACUCGAUAAUGUUUUGAGACAUCCUGUAUUUAAAAUAAUAUUGAUAGUUCAAUUUAAAAACCGCAGAGUGAUAGGUAAGUAGAGAUAACCGACGCCAACUAGGUACGUGUAUCGUAACUACAUUGACUGUUAUUUUUGUAGAUCACAGAGACAUAGUGAACUAUUCUGGUACGCCGUAUUACCUGCAUAAUCGCAAAUCAGUCUGAGAAAUAAACAAUAAAUAAAAUAGGUACGUGAUUAAGCUGUAUUAUUGAUUUUUGUUUGAUAUCGACCUUUACUCUAUAGGCGCUGUUGUGAAUUGUGAUGUUAUGUUGUAUAGUUAAAGUUUUUAAAAAGUAGUUAGUAUUUAAUUAAUAAAUAUAUUUGAAAUCCCUAUAUCUACAGUAUUAAGUCGAAAAUAUUCACGUAGAUCUAUUGUACACGAUGUCAUUGACCCGGAAAAAAUAGCCUUUGUUUUUUAAAAUGGGUUUUUGUCACAGCAAUUACGUGUAAUCCACAUCCUGCAGCAAAUAACUAUAAUUGGUUGCUUGUAUAAUAAUAUUUCAUUUUAUCUUUACCCGUGCUAAGUAAGAUUUGAUAUUACAAACUUAUAACGAGAUCAUCUUAGAAGCCUCUCCGUACAUGGAGACGUAUGGGGCAUGGGGCGGUGGGGCAGCGGGAGCCACCAUCGCAGCCGCGCUGAACUACUUCGCCGCCGCGCAGUGCUUACUACGAGAGCCUUGGCCGCCGCAAGCCAACCUUGAAAAUGGCACAGUGUUCGACUUCAUCGUGGUGGGAGGUGGUACGGCGGGCGCCGCGCUUGCAUCCCGUCUAUCGGAGUUGCGAGACCACACCGUUUUGUUACUCGAGGCCGGUGGUGAUCCCCCUCUAGAGAGCAUUAUUCCAGGUUUUCGCGAUGCCAUGAAACAGAGCGCAGUGGAUUGGAACUUUACAACCACAAAUGACAAUUUUUCAAGUCAAGCCCUCCGUGAUGGUAGCCAGCGCCAGCCCCGUGGGAAGAUGCUCGGCGGAAGUGGUUCCAUCAAUGAUAUGAUAUACUCUAGAGGAUUUCCAGCGGAUUACGACGAGUGGGCGGCUGAACUCGGGGAAGACUGGAAUUGGAAAAAUGUUUUAAAAAAGUUCAAAAGAACAGAACAUCUCACAGAUGAAAGAAUUAUCAACAACCCUUAUCUGACACAGUUUCAUGGAUUUGGAGGGGAAAUUGAAGUGGCAGGGUUCAACGAAUCUACUCGGGCUACAGAUGAAUUCCUCGCAGCAUUCAAAGAAAUGGGUUUCAGUAUAGUACCUGAUAUGACUAAUCCGUAUGAAAUCGGUGCUGGACGAUUCUCCCACACGAUACGGGAAGGUAGACGAGAGAGUUCUGUCACUGCCUUGCUCAAUUCAGCAGCAAAUCGUGAUAACUUGUAUGUUUUAAAAAAAUCUUUCGUUUCUAAAAUACUAAUAGAACAAAAUAAGGCUUACGGGGUGCAGGUACUCCAAGACAAUAAGACAUUGAAUUUUUAUGCGACGAGAGAUAUUAUAGUGUCCGCAGGAACAUUUAAUACGGCGAAAUUGUUGUUACUGUCCGGCGUAGGGCCAAAGGAGCACUUAAAAGAAAUGGGUGUCGAUGUGGUGGCCGAUUUACCCGUAGGGGAUAAUCUCCAUGACCACAUUAUGGUGUUAAAUUUUAUUUCAGCAGAAGAAGGGACUUGCCAAAAAAAUGAAAAUGAGCAUUAUUUAGAUAUAAUUGAGUAUCUUUACGAUAGACGAGGCUUUUUUCAGAAAACGAGUGACUUGGCCGCGUAUGUAUCAUAUAACAGCUCCACACCAAAUGUACCCGAUUUUGCAUUUUAUCCCACGUGUAUGGGAAAGAAUAAUGAUUUUUAUGAAGCUUGUACUAAUAUAUUAGGGUUUAAAUCAUAUAUUUGUGAAAGAAUAACAUCAGCUAAUAUAGUUAAGGAAAUACUGAUAGUUGCUGUGGUUAAUUUAAAACCACAAUCGAGAGGCAGGGUGCGAUUGAAGAGUCGAGACCCUUUGGACUCUCCGCUGAUAUUCUCCGGGACCUUCAGCGAUGAGAAAGAUUUGAUGCAUUAUCCAGCAGCAAUAAGAACGGCUAGGGCUAUAGCUAACAGUACAUACUUUCGUAAAAAGAAAGCGGAGGUCAUUGACUUAGAACUCGAAGAAUGUAAGGGAAACGACGGCGAUGAUAUGUUGCGCUGUUGGGCGAAGUCGAUGGCAACUUCAGCUUGGCACGCAGUAGGUACGGCCGCGCUUGGCUCCGUGCUGGAUUCGAAGUUGCGGGUGCGGGGCGUGCGGAAUCUGAGAGUCGCAGACGCAAGUGUCAUGCCGACAAUAAUACGCGGCAAUACAAAUGCACCGGUCAUCAUGAUUGCGGAAAUGGCAGCGGAAUUUAUCAAAGAAAGCCUCCACUUAUUAUAGAAAUAAGAACUAAAGAUACAUUUGUUGUUUGUAUUGUAUAGUUAAACUAUUGUUACAAUGUUGUUAUAUAUUUUCACUUACGUAUAUAUUCAUUACUGUUAUUUGGUAUCUACAUAUUAAUAUGUAAUGAUUUAUUUUAUGUUACGCCUGAUUAAAAGCUGUACGCAAUUGUCGCAUUGAACUCCACUGUUUUGUUUAAAAAAAAACACAGUUUGUUUGUGACAAAAAUAAUUAAUUUACGGUACCUACUUUAUAUUACUAUGUAUGGAGGUACAAUCAAUAAUAUUGAGCGGCAAAUAACGAAAAAUAAAAAUAUCACUAGAGCAGUUUAUCUUUAGAUCUAGAUAGAACAAGUUCACUCCAAUAGAUUAGUUUGAAGAAAAAUAUUGAAUUACAGUGUCAGAGGAAUCAAUAAGCAAUUUAUAAUACAUAUGUCAUAAAUGGCAUAGGAAUAGGGUAAUUUAUUUAAUUAAACUUCUAAUCGAUUACUUACUGCACACAAAAUCUCUAUUUCGAUACUAAUUAGUUGAGCAAAGAAAGCACCAGCUCUGGGUUUACC